AUGGAAGGUGAAGCAACAUUAAGAAGACUGAUUGAACAGGUCGAGCAAAUGCGACAACAACACGUCGUUGACCUGGAGAUCAUCCGUGCUCGACACGAAACUGACUUAGCGGUGCUACGUGCCGAGAAUGAGCACAUUUGCGCUCAGCUUCCCAGACACCCUUCUGAUCAACCCCCUCAACCGAGUAAUCAGAACGACGAAGAGGGACACUCGGUUUCCCAGCCACCGAUUGCACCAAAGGCACCUACCCACAGGUCUACUGUACAUCGGUCACACGUGCCAACGAACAGGUCAGACCAUGAAGUCAGCAAUGUGCCUGCUCAAUCCCUAGGGCAUAGGGCAAGCAUCCGCCGCCAUCCCUUUGUCGACGGUAUCAUGGAGACGCCCCUUCCUUUCGGAUGGAAGCCUCUCAACAUCGACCGUUAUGAUGGCACUGCCGACCCAGACGAGCACAUCGAUCUGUACGUCACACAGGUUUUUCCGACCUUGCUCAAGGGAGUAGCACUCGCCUGGUAUACCCAAUUGCCAGCAGGAUCAAUUGACAACUUCGACACUCUGGUGAGACGAUUCACAGAACAGUAUGCAACGAGUCAACCUCACCACGUCACAUCAACCGCCUUGGCUAGUCUCAGACAGGGCGACGACGAACCAUUGAGGGAGUUCAUGGAGCGCUUCGCCAGCAUCUCGAUUAAGAUCCGAAACUUGAACCCCGAGGUCACCCUACACGCCAUGCUCAUGGCGCUCAGCCCAAGACCAUUCGUCGAUAGCCUGUGUCGACGAUCUCCCCUGGAUAUGGACGAACUCUGUGCCCGAGCUGCAAGGUACAUUCAGAUGGAAGAGCACUUUACUUUUCGCGACCAAGCUCGUGGAAAAUCACAGGCGAAGCUGGACCACGACCACAAAGACAAGAUGAAGGUCACCAAUGAUAGCCAAUUCAAGAAGGCUGCUAGGGCAAAUAAAGGGGGGAGAAACUAUGGCCACACGACCGAGGAGUGCCACACACUCAAGGAUCGCAUAGAGGAACUCAUCCAGGGGGCACCUCGGACAAUACGUCCAACGGUAGCAAAGUCACAGAGGAGGCUACCACGGCCGAAGACGAGGACGAGGCUGAGGUUCCGGGACUCGCACGGACCAACCCUUCGGUUCUCAGCAAAACACUGGCAGCGCAGUGCAGACCGAGGUGGCUUCACAAGAGGAGGCUCCAGCAGCUCGGCGCGCAAACGAUAUUUGCGCAAGAUCAACAAUGUCCAUUCUACCACCUCAGCCCCGCACCACAACACACCACCAAUCACCUUCACCGACGACGACUACACCAGCAUCUGCCUAAACCAGGAUGAUCCCAUGGUCAUCACCGUAGAAGUCACCAACUGA